AAUUAAUUAUUCAUUUAAGGUCUAGUCUUUUGAGAAUUUAUAUUGAUUAAAAAGCAAUCUACUAUAAUUAACUCUACUUAAUUCAUUAAAUUUGAUAUAAUUGUUUUAAAUAAUAUUAAAUUGUUAAAAUAUACGUUAUCUUUUUUGAACUGUUAUAAUAUUGUUUUUAUUAAUAGAUAAAAUAAUCUCAAAUAUAAACAUUUAAAAAAGAAAAUAAAAUUUUAUAUUUAUAAUAUAAAUAUAAUUUUAUAUUAAGAUGAAUUUAAUAAUAUUGAUACAUUAUAUUAAUUUAAGUUAUAUUAAGAUAUAUUUAAACUUUGUUAAAAAUUAUUCAAUGAAAUAUUAAAAAUUUCCUAAUAUAUAUAUUAUGCAUAUACUUUAAGAUUUAUAUUUUAUAUAUAUGAGUUACACAUCUAUGAACGAUAUAAGUCGUGAUAAUAUACAUAUUUGAAAAGGAAAGGUUCAUCGUUCUUUUCGUUCAACGUGUUGUUGGAUGCGGAUCGUAGAACGGAAUCUGUUUGAAUCUAUAACGUAAAAUACUUUAAAAUAAUUAUAAAAUGACUGAAACUCUUCAAUUAAGAGGUACACUUCGGGGACACAAUGGAUGGGUUACCCAAAUUGCUACAAAUCCAAAAUAUCCAGAUAUGAUAUUAUCUUCUUCACGAGAUAAAACUUUGAUUGUGUGGAAAUUAACACGUGACGAAGCUAAUUAUGGUAUUCCUCAAAAACGCUUGUAUGGUCAUUCUCAUUUUAUUAGUGAUGUAGUUCUAUCAUCUGAUGGUAAUUAUGCUCUGUCUGGUUCAUGGGACAAAACUCUUCGCCUUUGGGAUUUGGCUGCAGGUCGUACUACACGAAGAUUCGAAGAUCAUACCAAGGAUGUCUUAAGUGUUGCCUUUUCUGUGGAUAAUCGUCAAAUUGUCUCUGGUUCUCGAGAUAAAACAAUUAAAUUAUGGAAUACUUUAGCUGAAUGCAAGUAUACUAUUCAAGAUGAUGGGCACACAGAUUGGGUCAGUUGUGUACGUUUUUCGCCAAACCAUUCAAAUCCCAUUAUUGUUUCUGCAGGUUGGGAUAAAUUAGUCAAGGUAUGGAAUUUAACAAACUGCAGAUUGAAAAUCAAUCAUUGUGGACAUACUGGGUAUCUUAAUACAGUUACUGUGUCACCUGAUGGUUCGCUUUGUGCUUCUGGUGGCAAGGAUUGUAAGGCUAUGUUAUGGGAUUUGAAUGAUGGAAAACAUCUUCAUACCUUGGAUCACAAUGAUAUUAUAACAGCUUUGUGCUUUAGUCCUAAUCGUUAUUGGCUCUGUGCAGCAUUUGGACCUUGGAUCAAAAUAUGGGAUCUUGAAACCAAAGAGAUGGUUGAAGAAUUAAAACCAGAGGUUGUAUCUGCAACAAGUAAAGCAGAACCACCCCAUUGUUUAUCUUUAGCAUGGUCUACUGAUGGACAAACACUCUUUGCUGGUUACUCAGACAAUACUAUUCGUGUCUGGCAAGUUUCUGUGACUAGCCGUUAAAUGUUUUAAAUUAAAAUAAAAUAAAAAUAAGAAACGAAAAAA